CUUGGGUUGUCGAGUCACCGCCCCCCUUGACUUACACAUCCGAGAACCCACAUGGCGUCAAUCAACAUUUCUUACACAGGCACUGCCGGUGAAGAAUGCCAACAUGCCCUCACGCUCGAGCAGGCCGUGCGCUUGCUCGCCGGAAAGGAUUUCUGGCGGACACAAGAGAUGCCGGAGCUGGGCCUCGCGUCGCUGAAAUGGAGUGAUGGGCCGAAUGGUGCCCGUGGUGAGAACUGGACGGACGGCAAGGCCGCCGUCUGCUUUCCAUGCGCGACCAGCUUGGGUGCCACAUUCGACCGAAGCCUUGUCCAAGAGGUCGGCGCAGCCAUCGCCACCGACUCGCUCGGAAAGCACGCAUACGGCCUUUUGGCACCGACCGUCAACAUCCACCGCUAUCUCCUCAACGGCCGCAAUUUCGAGUCCUACAGCGAAGACCCCCUGCUUUCGGGGUACAUUGCCGCAGCCUACAUCAACGGCGUACAAAGCCAGGGCGUGAGCGCCUGUCCGAAGCAUUUCCUUGCCAACGAGGUUGAGAACGGCCGUCGUUGGAGCGACAGUGUCAUCGACGAACGAACGCUCCGCGAGAUCUACCUCGAACCUUUCCGUAUCCUCAUCAGGCACUCGUCGCCCCUGGCGCUCAUGACUGCCUACAAUGCCUGCGGGGGCGAGUACUGUUCGCAGUCCAAGGAGUUGCUGGAAGACAUUGUCCGUGGAGAAUGGGGCUUCAAGGGACUCAUCGUCUCGGACUGGUUUGGCACAUAUAGCACUUCUGCUGCGCUCAACGCGGGACUCGACCUCGAGAUGGCGGGUCCUACCAAAUUCAGAACACAGAAGAUGAUUGAGGAUGCCCUGGCGAGCGGCGAGCUCAGCAUAGACACGAUUGCAAAGUCUGUGCAGCGGCUAGUAAACACGCUGGUGGCUACCAAGCGUAUCGGCCUGGCGGACGCAGCAGACAUUGCCGGCAAGCUGCCGGAGCGGUCGUCAGUACCAGACGAGAAGACGAUUUCCCUUCUUCGCCGUGCUGCAGCUGAUGGCAUGGUGUUGCUCAAGAACGACAACAACACCCUGCCCCUUUCCAAGUCGGCGACCUCCAAGCUCAACAUCGUGGGUCGCCCAGCAGCAGAGCCCUCCAUCUUUGGUGGUGGUUCUGCAUCCCUCCGGCCGGCUCAUAUCUCGACACCUCUUUCAGCCUUGCAAGAGCAGUUUCCUUCCACCACGUACUCCCGAGGUGUCUGGGUGCAACGACUGGUCGGCCUGGCUUCUGAGAUCGUCACCCCCGGCUCCGAUCUCAAGCUCGAGUGGUUCAACAACAUGACUGGCGAGGCAGACAGCAAGGACAUGUUCCGCAGUGAGACCCUCACAAAGUCCGAGUACAUGAUGAUGGAGGACAUCCACGCUGGCCUCGUCGACAUUCAGAGCUUCGCAACACGAAUGACCAUCCCCAUCACAGCCCCAGUGUCUGGUGCGUACCAGCUGAGUUUGACCAGCCCAGGCUCUCAAGACGCUUACCUCGACGGCCAGCUUAUUGCCAGCAUCCCCCGUGGUCCGGGAUCUGGCUCGACAGAAGAGGUCGUGACAGAGGACUACAUCUUCAAUCGUGCCCGCCUAGAGAGGACCUUUGACGUGCCCGUUCAACUCGAGGCUGGCAAGCAAUACGAGCUCGUCAUCGUGUCCAAGAGCUCAAAGCACUCUCCCAAGUACAUCAACCGCGAGUUCUACGUGCAAGGAAGCCGUGUCGGAUUUGCCCCCGUUAUGGACGACGAGGCUGCCAUCGCGGAGACCGCCUCUGCGAUCAGGGCCGCGUCACCUUCCGCCAACAUCGUCUUCGUGGGCACCUCGACACAAUGGGAGUCUGAAGGCUUUGAUCGCGUGUCGUACGCCCUGCCCCUGCGCCAAUCGGACCUGAUCCUUGCCGUGGCGGCCGAGUCUGCAGCCACGGGCGUUCCCACGGUCGUGUUCAUCAACUCGGGCUCGCCCGUAGACUGCACCCCGUGGAUUAAUUCUGUCGACGCCGUCGUCCAAGCCUGGUUCCCAGGCCAGGAGUACGGCACGGCACUCGUUGAUGUGCUCACCGGCAAGGUGUCUCCAAGCGGCCGCCUCCCCACCACGGUGCCACGAUCGAUCGAGAAUACUGGAGCAGGUGACAUGACCGGCAAGACCGAUGGGCCCAAGGGAACCACAACCAAGAUUGUCUACAAGGAAGGUCUGUCCGUUGGGUAUCGUGGCAUCAAGGAGGACUGGUAUAGCCCCCUCUUUGCGUUCGGCCACGGCCUGUCGUACUCGAGUUUCACCUACUCCGAUGUUCAAGUCGAGAAUGCCAGCAGCGUGGACGCCAGCGUGAGCGUGACGGUCAAGAAUACUGGCAGUGUUCCAGCAGCGGAGGUGGUGCAGCUGUACAUGCUGGCUCCUGAGUCGGUGGAAGACAAGGUCAGACCUGCACUCGAGCUCCGCGCUUUCGCAAAGACCAAAGAGCUGGCAAGCAAUGGUGGAGAGGAGACCGUAACACUGAAGCUCAGCAGGGAGUCGUUCAAGUUCUGGGAUGUCAGUGCUAAGAAGUGGAGGGUUGAGGCUGGCAAGUACAAGCUGCUGUUCGCUGGCAGCAAGGGCGUUGGAGACUGGAUUGAUGCUGCUGGCGAUGUCGUUGUUUCCGUACCUGAAAGUCUGCAGUGGCUGGACUGAGUGAAAAAGCACCAACGACUCUAUGCGCAAUAUGAAAGGUUCGGCGGUCCAAGGGAGCCCUCACUACAGUAUGAGAAAGGCCAGAUGGGAUUUUGUACACAUACAGACUUGGGGGCCUCCGAAUAGACAGUCAUAGACAAUAAAAUAGACAACUACGUAGAACAGAAUCUUCGAGGG